AGGGUUCGCAUAGGGCGUCGCUAUUUCUUCUCGUGCAUUCAUUCUGGUCGUUUGAUUCUGUGGCAUUUGCAUUUGCUCGCUGCAAUCCGAUGAAAGGCAAAGAAGUAGCCCUUACAACACGCGUAACGCAGAAUAUCAGAUGAAACAGAAGUACUUACGCAUUGCCGCACGACAUAGGUGGACAUUUUCUUCUUGCGCCAUGUCGUAGUUGUCAAGCGCCAACCAGCAGAGAGAUGCCGCAAAUCGACGCCAGCUGUUCACCGCCCCUGAAACGGGCGCGCAACAAGCAGGGCCCCGAACCGCCAGGAGACAUGGUGGACGAAAGUGCCGCAGCGGAAGCUGCGGCAAAGCAGGCGAAGGAAGCCAAGAAGCAGAUGGACCGCCACCGGCAAAUCCAGCGCGUGCUUGGGCGGAUGAUCAACGAUCAGGUCAAGGAAAACGGCGAAAAGACACAGCGGAUUUACCUUUCGCAGGUUGAGUACGACUACCUCUUCCGCGAUUUUCUGCAUGUGCAAACGCAGCCCGCGUCCGACUUGUUGGAGCUGCGCCUCGGGCCAGGAGGCGCGCAGCAGGUCUUCGGGGGCGGGGUGGCAAAGAAGCAUACGGUCCUGCGAAAAAUCUCCGCCAUGACGGUCACGCGGUGUACCCGGGAGUUAACGGGGCACAGCUUUUUUCUGGGAAAGGACAAGGAAGCGGGUCUUGUGAGAAUGUCUUGGGAGCUGGAAGACGCGCAGGUGGGAAACAAAGCACAAGGCAAGGAGUCUGCGAAAGCCGAGAAGAAGCGUUUGCAGGAUGAGGAAAAGGCCCGAAAGAAGCAACAGAAGGAGGCCGAAGGGGCCGCGCUGAAGGCUGCGGAAGCGGAGGAAAAAGCUGUACAGCGUUUGGCAUUAUGCAUUCUACAUUUUUAGCGCAGGAGGACGAGCAGAGUGUCACGCGUUCGAAGUGUUUCGCCUUAACUAGUCUUCGGCGGAGGAUUCCCUGUUUUGUUAUCCACCUCUUAGGAUGUCACCAAAUUCAACAUUAUGCACUGAAAUUAUAUCUGACCACAGGAGACGACCCGGCUGCGAGCGUACCACAAGACCGUGGGCGACCGGUUGAAAACGUACGUCCAGGGACAGUGCAAGAGUGCGGACCUCAAGAUGUCGCCGGCUGAGUAUGAGCAUGUGUUCCGUGCCAUGCUACACUUGGAAUGCUCGAAGAAGAUUACGACCGAGUCGACGUAUCGGGACGGGUCAGUGACGGUCACAACGCAACACGUGAGCAAGGCCCUGUACCUGAGCGCCGACCAAGUCGCCUCCGUGUUCGGCGUGACGGAGACGCAGGGUGGAUCUUGGAACCCGGCCGACGGUCAAACGAGAUGGCGUAUCGCCUCCAUGGUAGCGAAGCGGACGGACCCAGGGGUCGUCUCUCUCGAGUGGACGCUCAACUACGAAGAUGAUCUUUGACCAGGCACGGUGGAUGAAUCUACCCGCAAGUGGUGCGGAGCUGCAGAGCUUUGCGCAAUGGAGAACUGGUUAGUAGAUACGUGUGUGAUUGUCCGGACUCGUACAAUGUGGAAGAAAGGAAAGGAAAGAAAAGAAAAACAACGCAGAACCGUUUACCAUCGCAUGUUGGGGGCUUAUCCCAAUGUGCUGACUGCUAGAUGAAUAUAGAAAUGGGCGAGCUACUGUUUCAUCUAAGAUGUGGUCAAAUAGGAACAACAACAAGACAGGCUUGCAGAUGCCAAAGACGAGAAAAUCUCGUCUCUCUCUGACAGCAAGCAAUAGAUGCAUACUGCUGGGAAAAAGAUUAUUUUAUCAUUAACGUGUCUCCUUUUCGUCAUUCGUCAUGGGCUAUCAUGAUCUCUUCUGCAACCAAAAUUGCCCUGCGCUGGUUCUGGAGCAAGAGUCCUACAAGGACGAAAGGAAGAUCUGAUUCAAGUCCAAGCAAU